AAUGUAAUCCAUCUGCAAUUUAAUAUGGAAAUAACAUGUUAUUUUAUGUUCUGCAAGUAGCCUAUCAAGUUCAUGACUCAUGUUUUCUCUGUAAUCAUUUUAUUUCAUAGGUUCUCUCAAAGGCAGAGUAUAACGCAGGCGUGGAUUGGUGGUCUUUUGGGAUUACCAUGUACCAAAUGGCCACGGGCAGCUUGCCAUUUUCACCAUCAGGCAGUAUUUUAAGGCAAUUCUUUGCAAUAAAGAAGAAUACGCCAUAUUACCCAUAUUAUAUGAGCAAGGAAAUGCUGGACCUCCUGCCGAAGCUUUUGGAGAUGGACGAGAAUCAGCGGAUCGGUGUCAACGGAAACAUCAGGGAGCACGCUUUCUACAGCACAGUGAAGUGGGAAGAGCUGGAGAACCGGAGAGUGAAGACCCCUUUCCAGCCAGGAAUGCCAUCAGCAGAUGACUUCACUGAAAUCCCGCUGUCAUUCUCCUCUCAAAUUCGGAACGAGGAAACCAACUUGGCAGAUUUCUCCCACGUGGAUCCCAGCUGGAGUUGGCAGGAGUAAGGCAUUGGUUCUAAUAUGGGAAACCAUCAAUACUGCCUGGACAUAGCAACAACCUGGGCCAAUUGACAUCAUACCCUCUAUGGCAAGCUGCACCUCUCAACAACUCAUCCACCUGCGUCUGCCAUCAAUGUCGCCACCACACGGGAUCCCUGGCUUUGACUUGGAGAAGAGAAAAAGAAAGAACGGAAGAGUUAACCAUCGGAAGGAAGGGCGGGUUGUUAUAACUCAGCAGCCGCUGAGCUCCCUAAUGGUAAGUAGUGGUAAGUAUACCCCCUGGACACCUGAUUAUAUAGGGGUUUAUUGUUAUC